CUCUACCAGAAGGAGAAACGGCAGAAACCUUGGAGACAAAAAGACAGACUAUGUCAACUGUCUUCAGAUCAGCAGGACCUCAAACUAUUGAGACAAAAGAUGUAAAUGAAUUUAUGUCAUUGACUUAUACUUACCAGAGGCACAUGCUAAAUUAUUGGCCUGACCACACCUUAUGUGAGAUUCAAGAGCAUUGGCCAUUUCUUUUUACUAAAAGAGGCCUCUGCACUCACUUCCACACACUCACAGAUAUUGAGGUAGACACACGCCUCAGUGAAGCUCUUCUUAUGAAGGGAAGGAGAAUUUGGAACUUCUUUCAAAGCCAGAGACUUAAGUGGAACAAGGAGACUGAACAUCUGCUACGUGAGUGUGACAGCGCAGAGUUGAACCACCACCAGAUCGCCACAACAGCCAUCCUUCUACUGAUGAAGUACUUCCAAGAAAAAGAGGACUCAAUCUUCAUCUUGGCUGAUGCAUCUUCCACCAAGAUGUCUGUUGAGAGGGAGAUGACCUUAGCCACCACAUCAAGGGUAAUCGUGCUUGGGAAUAGUUUGGUGUCUGCAACCCAGUGGAUGGUCAGUAUGGAGGGCAAGGUAUUUUACGAGCCUGAGCAGCUGCAUGACUUUGCCAGCGCCCUUGCUGUCUUCUUUGCGUCAUACUACAUCUUCAACCUGGAGUAUCAGGAGUCAGCGUCCACCACGCUGGAGAUGAUACAUAGAUUCUUUGUGAGGAUCAACCCAGACGUGGGUACAAAAUGCCCUGCCAAACUCGGUACGAGCCGCAAGACAGGAAGUGUUGUCAAGAGCAAAGUGGCAAGCAUCAGCUCUCAGGUCACCACCUUCCUCCAGCGACUCACUGAAUUUGAAUGGAGGACUUCCAACUAGGCGGUGAUAAAGAUCAUUGAUAACACUCAGCUGAACCCGACCAUCCAGCAGAAGGUGAGAAACUCAACAACUCAGCUGUUCAGAUCAUUGAUUAGUUUGGUUUUCCAGCAGCACUGAGUGACUGCUUUCAUAUUAACUGCUGUCCAGUAACAGCCAGGAAACACUGGCUUUAAAGACAGAGAAACAAACAUGAUAUUAUAGUUCAUUAACUGAGUUUCUUACAGAGCAAACGUGUUACACAUACUACACAUUGUUAAUGUUUUCUGAUAAUGUGGUCUUUGCUGUUUGGCAUUUAAUUUAUGUACAUGUUGGUGGAUAUGUUCUGUUUUGAGAACAAAGUUAAAUGUUGCAAAAAUGUUGUAAAAAUGUUUUUUUUUUAAAGGAAAA